AUGGAAUCCCUGAUUGACGACCGUGCACUAAUUGAUGAUGAAGAGGACGAUGAAUCUUUCGAUGAAGAGACGGGCGAAGUGAGGACGAAGUCAAAUGGCGCCACUGGUCGCUUUGACGACUCCUCGGAAGAGGAUGAUGAGGACGAUGACGAAGAGGCUGCAGCUGAGAUCGCCCGAGGCUUCAUUGUCGACGAGGACGAAGACGACGAAGGAGCUCGCCGAGAACGAAGACGGGAACGGAAAAAGCGCCGUCGCGAAGAACGCGAGGAUGAAGACCUCGAUGAAGAAGAUCUUGAAUUGAUUGGUAUGAAGCCGGCUGAAGAGCCGACCGAGUCCAAGUUCAAGAGGCUCAAGCGAGGUCCUCGCGAAGACCGUGACGUUCAGCAGCAUUACGGUGUCAACGACAUAUUUGGCCACUCCGAUGAGGAAGAAGAGGCGGUGGACUACACACGUCGACGUCGUGAUGGCAAAGCGCUGCAGGACGAGUUCGAUGACUUUAUCGAAGAAGAUGUCUUCUCCGACGAUGAGCAGCAGCGACAACGCGAAGAUGAGGAGGUUGCCCGGCCUAAUCGGCGAGGUAUUGCGGAGCUGGGCAUUGCAGAUGCCGCUGGUCUGGACGAGCAAGCUCUUGAAGACUUCCGUGCUGCGUUUGGCGACGGCACCGAUUAUGAUUUCGCGCUGGAGAAAGAAGACGAGGCGGACGAAGAGGCAGCAAAGAAGGACAAGAAUCUCCAUCUGAAGGAUGUCUUCGAACCUUCUCAGCUCGCCGAGAAGCUCCUGACCGAUGAUGACAAUGCCAUACGAUUUGCCGACAUACCUGAGCGAUAUCAACUGGCUAGGCGGCCGUACAGCGGUCUGGAGCUGACCGAAGACGAGUUUAAGGAGGAAGCACCUUGGAUUGCAAAUCUGAUACUUCCAGGCAAAAAGCUCAUCUCCGCUCAUCAUGACGCGUUCAGACGAGCUGUCGCAGAAAACCUCGACAUGCUGGUCCGGCAGGAUCUUGAGCCGCCAUUCAUCUUUCAACAUCGUAAAGACUACCUGUUCCUGUACACGACCAAGCAAAUCGGAGUGAACGAUGAUGGAACGCCAAAAAUGGUGGAGGAGACCGAAAAGCUGCUUACACAACAAGACUUGUGGGACAUGGUGGAUUACGAUCUCAAAUACCGCGCCCUUGUUGAGAAGAAGCGAGUGCUGCAGAAGACAUAUGCGGAUUUGAAGUCCAAUACGGUUUCUGAGGACUCCACCUUUGAGCAAAUGCUGGCACGGUCCAGCAGCAUGGAGGAUCUUCAAGACUUGCAGGACUAUCUCUACUUCGAGUACGCAGCCCAGCUAAAAGAUUUGGCACUUACCUCAGAUGGCGAAAUCAACGGACGUAAUAUGUCGCAGAAGAAAGCUUCGACCAAGACGGUAUACGAGGAAAUCCGGGCCUCCAAGGCCUUUAGUCUGGUGCGCGCUUUCGGCACUACCGCAGACGCAUUUGCCCGCAACGCUACCAGAGAAGGUGUUCGAACCUACACUGAAGAUCCGACUGACAGCCCCGAGAAUCUUGCGGAUACCCUGAUUGACCAAGAAUUCCCGACUGGCACAAGAGUGCUCAAAGCAGCCAAGGCCAUGUUUGUCGAACAGCUCGCGGUGAGCCCGAGGCUGCGCCAACUCAUGAGACAAAAGAUCUUCCCCGAAGGAGCAAUAGACUGCCAUCGUACCGAGAAGGGGCUCCGUAAGAUCGACGAACAGCAUCCUUACUUUGAGUUCAAAUACCUCCGGAAUCAGGACUGCUUCUCCUUCAGUUCCCGUCCCGACCUGUUUCUCAAGAUGCUGAAGGCUGAGGAGGAAGGUCUUAUCGAGAUUCGUGUGAGGCUGCCCAACUUGGACAGCUUUAAGAAGCAGCUCUACAAACACAUUGAAACGGACAACUACUCUACCGUGGCCGACGCUUGGAAUCAGGAGCGCCGCGAAGCUGUGUCAGCCGCCUUAGACAAGAUCAUGAAACUCAUGGCUCGCUCUGUCAAAGAAAACCUCAAGGAGUCAUGCGAGAAGAUCAUCGGAGACGAAUGCCGCGACGAUUUCUACGCCAAACUCGACCAGGCUCCGUGGAAGCCACUCGGGCACAAGCAGGGCACUAUCCCUCGUGUCCUGGCCCUCACUAAUGGUGGCGGGACUAUAGGUCGAGAUCCGGUCUACUGGGCCUACGUCAACGACGACGGCAGAGUGCCGGAGCAUGGUCAAUUCAAGGAUAUUGGGCCCGGCGAUGGAGACCGUGGGAUCCCAGACGGGAAGGAUGUCGACGCGCUCGUGGAAGUCAUUCGGAGGAGGGACCCUGAAGUCAUCGCCGUCUCCGGAUGGUCUCCCGAAACCCGGAAGUUACUGGCUAACUUGUCCACUCUGGUUAAGAACCACGACCUUCGGGGUGCAACAUACACCGAUGACAAUGACGAGGAUCGAAACGAUCUCUUAGACGUGAUCCUGGUCAACGACGAAGUGGCCCGGAUUUCCAAGGCAAGCGAGCGGAUGCGAAACGAGUACUCGGGGCUGGCUCGCUCAGAAAUGGCGCUGUACUGUGUAGGUCUGGCGCGCUAUCUGCAGUCUCCCUUGCAAGAGUAUGCCGGGCUGGGCCGAGACGUGGUCUCUGUCAAUUUUCAUCCAGCUCAGAACCUGCUACCGCAAGACAAACUCUUGAAGAAGCUGGAACAGGCUCUUGUCAAUAUGGUCAUGCUGACGGGCGUGGACCUGAAUAAUGCGGUCGCGGAUCCUGCGCUUGCAAACCUCCUGCCGUACGUUGCCGGACUCGGUCCGCGCAAGGCCUCCCAUCUUCUGAAGGUCAUGAACCUCAGUGGCGGGUUUGUGAGGAGUCGUGCGGAAUUGCUAGGUGUCGACGGUGGUCAUCAAGCCAUGAGUCCUAAGGUGUGGUCCAAUGCGGCAUCUUUCCUUUGCAUACCGUAUGAGUCGUCAGAUCCAGACUCGGAACCGUUGGACGGCACGCGAAUACACCCUGAAGACUACGAUAUUGCACGGAAAAUGGCAGCCGAUGCACUCGAACUCGACGAAGAAGAUAUUGAAGCCGAGAGACAGGAAGCUGGUGCUGGAGCCAUUGUGCGUCGCUUGAUCCGCGAAGAUGCCAUGGAUCGGGUGAAUGAUCUGGUCCUUGAGGAGUAUGCUGUGCAACUGGAGCAAAACCUUCAUUCGAAGAAGCGCGCUACCCUCAAGAACAUUACAGACGAACUCAACGAUGCUUACGGCGAGAUCCGAACCCCGUUCCGCGCCCAUCUCGGCGAGUCUGAGAUUUUUGUCAUGCUCACCGGGGAAACCAGAGAGUCGCUGCAGAGAGGCAUGAACGUCCCUAUCUCGCUAAAGCGCGUCUCGGAUCACCACAUCGAGGGCAAACUCGAAUGCGGAUUAGACGCCGUCGUUGAGGACGGUCAGUGGGCUGAUAGCGGGUUGUCGCCGAAACAGCUGUACACCGUCCAUCAAACCGUGCAAGCUCACAUCACAUCGAUCAACCGCAAAGACUUUGUCGUCACCGUCAGCUUGAGGGACGACCAGGUCAAGAAGCCGUUCAAGCGUUUCAAUCACAAUGAACGAAACUAUGACGAAUGGGACGACCGUGAGGAGGCUGCGGACAGGAAACUACUGGAGGAGAAGAGUGAGUCCGGAACCCGAGUAACAAGAGUCAUCAAGCAUCCGCUGUUCCGGCCGUUCAAUGCCAAGCAGGCCGAAGAAUACCUGGGUAGUCAGAAUCGUGGAGACGUUGUGAUCCGACCAUCCUCUAAAGGAACCGACCACCUCGCAGUGACCUGGAAGGUUGCAGACGGCAUUUUCCAACAUGUUGAUGUGCUUGAACUCGACAAGGAGAACGAAUUCUCCCUCGGCCGGACCUUGAGAAUUGGAGGCCGGUAUAACUACUCUGACUUGGACGAACUGAUUGUGCUGCACGUCAAGGCCAUGGCGCGGAAAGUGGACGAGAUGUGCAGCCACGAAAAGUUCCAGAACAAGUCCAAGGCUGCAUUAGAGGAGUGGUUGAACACGUACACCAAUGCGAAUCCCAAACGGUCAAUGUACCAGUUCUGCCUCAACCGUGAGCGACCGGGCCAAUUCCACCUUGUAUUCAAGGCAGGUCAGAACGCCAAAUUGAUGGAUUGGAGUGUCCGGGUGAUCCCCCAGGGGUUCGAACUGAUGCGGACACCUUAUCCGACCAUGAGAGACCUGUGCAACGGAUUCAAAUUGAUGUUCCAAAACAUGCAGGACUCGGCGAGCAUGGCAAGACCAAUGAGGAGAUAG